ACCAAGCCCCCUGGGGCUCCCGGCCUCCCCAGCGUUCCACCCGCUUGCCAUGUGAGCGAGCCGCCCGCCGCUGUCGAGUCCACUCUCCACCUCCCCACAGCAUGCUGGGGGCCAGCUCUGGGGCCAUCGUCCUACAGAAAGCCAUGUGCCCAUCCAUCCACGUGGCCACCCGCACAGCCAUCUUCCCGGGCCCCAUCUGACCCUACUUGACACCUGCAGGUCCUAGAACCCAAGAUGAGGCCACUCUGGAGGCUCCUCGUCCUCCUGGCGUUGCUGGCCUGGGCCUUGGCGCUGCAGGAGCAGCCUUGGGCUGGCCUGGCCACGGCCCGCAUAGACAGCAAGUCCACCCUGGCCAGAAUUAUUGCCCAGGGCCUCAUGAAUCACAAGGCAGAGGACCGAAUCCAGAACAUCCACCUCUUGGACAGUCUGAACGUCUCGGGGAGGAUGGCCCCCGGGAUGGUGGGCUGGCUGAUCGGCGGCAUGAACAUCCAGCAGCAGCACGAGAUCAGGCCCUUCAACAACAACGUCAUGAAGACUCACGAGCACAUGAGCCUCGCUGUGGAAUUCUGGCUACAGAAGGACCAGUUCGGCCGGAGGGACCUGGUGAUGGGCGAGUGCCUCGUGGAUCCCGGCAGCCUCCACACGACAGUCCUCACCGAGGCCAUCCCACCCAGGAUGAAACAUUUUCUGCACAGCCUCAAAGAGAACCUGGAAAAAAUUAUCCCGCACCUGGUAGAAAGUCAGGUGAGUCUGACAAACAUUUGCCCCUGGGCCUCCCGAGUCUGAGAGUCAGACAGAUAC